AUGUCAGGCUUAUACACGCAUAACUUUUCACCUGUUAGAGCAUCUUCACAUGUAAGAACAACCCCUGAUGUUGACAGUGGUCAAUAUUUGACAGAGCUGUUGGAGGAGCACCAAAAGCUUGGACCUUUCAUGCAAGUCCUUCCCAUCUGUAGCCGACUUUUGAAUCAAGAGAUAUUGAGAGUUUCUGGAAGGACCCCCAACCAGGGCUUCAGUGACUUUGACAGGCUGCAAUAUGGGAGCCUGAGCCCUAUGGCUUCUUCCGACAUGAUUCCAAAUAAUAUAGGAACAGGCUUCAAUGGGUGGAAUGGACUCCAAAAAGAAAGAUUAGGACCACAGGGGAUGAGUAUAGACUGGCAAGCAGCUCCAGCAAGCCCAAGUUCUCAUCUUGUGAAGAAAAUAUUGCGUUUGGAUAUUCCAGUUGAUAGCUAUCCAAAUUUCAAUUUUGUUGGGCGGCUUCUGGGACCUAGGGGCAAUUCACUAAAGCGAGUGGAAGCUUCUAUGGGCUGCCGUGUGUAUAUUAGAGGAAAAGGUUCCAUAAAAGACCCAGAGAAGGAAGAGUCUUUAAGGGGAAGACCAGGUUAUGAGCAUCUAAGUGAGCAGCUGCACAUUUUAAUUGAAGCGGAAUUACCUGCCAAUGUUAUUGAUACGAGAUUGAGACAAGCACAGGAAAUCAUAGAAGAACUGCUUAAACCUGUGGAUGAGUCUCAGGAUAUGUACAAGAGGCAACAGCUGAGAGAACUAGCAAUGCUGAAUUUGAGUUAUCGGGAAGACAGCCCUGGUCCGAGCGGUAGCGUCUCUCCCUUCACCUCGAGUGGAAUGAAGCGUGUCAAAACUGGUCAAUAA